UUCUGUUGUUGUUUUAAUCAGGGAACUUCCCGAUGAUCAGUGACGACCUGGUGAACUCGUACCAUCUGCUGCUGUGCUCCCUCGACCUCGUCUUCACCAACGCUCUGCUCUGCAACGCCCGGAAAGAUCUGCUCAACCCAAACUUCAGAGGUCUGCCGGAGGACUUCAGCAGUAAAGACUUCCGUCCGUCCUCGUCUCCGCUCUGCUUCAUCCAGCAGCUGUGUGAGCUGCACGACGGCCUGGUGCUCGAAGCCAAAGGAGUCAAAGAGCACUUCUGGAAACCUUUCAUCCACAAGCUCUUCCACAAGAGGAUCAUCAGAGGAAAAGAAGACAGUCUGACCGGCUUCCUGGACCCCAUGAACUUUGGAGACAGUUUUCUGUCUCUGUCUCGGGUGUACGAGGAACACGUUCUGGCCUCCGGCGGUCUGGACGAGAGGAUCUUCACCGGCGAGGCGGCGAGCGAGGACAUCGGCACGCCGGGGCCGUGUGACGGAGCGGAGGACAGCGCCACCUACAGGCUGCACACCAACAUCACGGCCUGGGGUCUGAGGGCCUCCACCCCUCUCACAGGGAGGAAGUUCGUUCAGGAGAACAGCUCGGCGUCUCCGGUGUCGGCGGCCCUGAAGAGUGUCGGGAGACUCCACACGCUGCUGUCAGGAACCAGACAGGGGCCCAGCGCCACGCUAACGGAAACUUUCCGGAACUGUGCCAGAGACCCCAGUGAUGUCAUCAGCAAGCGCCUGAAGGACAUGUUUCAGAUCUUCUGUCGACAUUUCGAGGAAAGCGGAGCCGAGAACAGAACGAUGGGGAAAGACAUGGCGGUGAAGUACUUCGGCCUGGCGGAGGCGCUGUACUACCGGAUCCUGGAGUCCAUCAUCGAGAGGGAGAAGAUGAUUCUGGGAGACGCAGACCUGUCUUGUAUCCUGGAGCAGGACGUCUUCCAUCGUUCGCUGCUCGUCUGCUGUCUGGAGAUCGUCAUCUUCUCCUACAGACCUCCAGGAGAUUUCCUAAACCUGAUCACCAUCUUCCAGAUCCCCACGUAUCACUUCUACAAGGUGAUCGAGGUGUUGGUGCGCUCCGAGCAGGGUCUGUUUCGGGAGGUGGUGAAGCACCUGAACCGGGUGGAGGAGCAGGUCCUGGAGAGCCGGGCCUGGACUAGCGACUCCCCGCUGUGGGAGAGCCUGCGGGCGGCCAGAGACCCCGUCCCCGCCUGCAACCAGGUGAUGCCUCCUCAGUACCUGGAACACAACGAUGACCGCAGCGUUCCUCUCACUCCUGUCAGCCACGGAUCAGACCUGCACACAGGCAGCACCGUCAAAGGUGUGUCCCCCUCCCCCACCACCCUGCUGGACCGCUACAGUUCUCCCCUCGCCGGCUCUCCUCCCUCCGGCCCUCACCGCCGCCGCCUGUUUGCCGACCCGGUGGACGGCGAGCCUCGAGGCACCGCGCCGGUCUCCGUUACCAAGACGACCACGGCCAGCCUGGUCACCACCAUCCCAGCCGGGCAGACGGUGCUCACCGUCACCGCCAACAACGGGCAGACCGUCUCCAUCCCGGUGCAGGGGAUAGCCAAUGAGAGCGGAGGCAUCACCUUCAUCCCGGUGCAGGUGAGCGUGAGCGGACAGGGGGGCGGAGCCACGCUGCAGCCGCUGUCAGCUCAGACUCUCACCGUCCAAUCAGCCGUCACCAAACCGGCCGCGGUCAAACCAGCCAGCAGUCCGCUUAGGAAAGGCUCGCUGUCGCUCUUCUUCAGGAAGGUGUACCACCUGGCCAGCGUGCGUCUCCGAGAUCUCUGCGUGAAACUGGACAUCUCGUCGGAGCUGCGCAGGAAGAUCUGGACGUGUUUUGAGUAUUCUCUGGUUCACUGCACCGAGCUGAUGAAGGACCGGCACCUCGACCAGAUGCUCAUGUGUGCAGUCUACGUCAUGGCCAAGGUGACCAAAGAAGACCGAUCCUUCCAGAACAUCAUGAAGUGUUACCGCACACAGCCUCAGGCCGUCAGCGACGUGUACAGGAGUGUGCUGAUCUCAGGGAGGAGGAGACGUCACUCAGGCAGCAACGACUCCAACAAACACAGGUCGCCUACUGACCCCAGCCAGAGUCCCGCAGGAGGAGACAUCAGCCCAGUUCCUGUUCGCUCCAGCAGCACGUUGCCGCCCCCCCAGCCUGGCAGCGCCCCCUGCACCCCAAACACCUCCUCUUCCUCCGUGGGGGGCGGAGAGGAGGAGCGGGGAGACCUGAUCCACUUCUACAACAAUGUUUACAUCAAACAGCUGAGAGGCUUUGCUGUGAGAUACUCAACGAGCUCGCCCUCUGCAUCGGUGGAGACCCCCCCUCUGUGUCCGUACCCCACCCUGAGGACAGGCUCCCCCCGACGGAUGCUUCUGUCCAGCAAACACUCAAUCUACAUCUCCCCGCACAAGACCGGCUCGGCCCCCACACCCCCCAGCGCCCGAGACAAGAUCUACUACUACAUCUGCAGCAGCCCGCCCAACCGCCUGCAGGAGAUCAACAGUAUGAUCCGGACCGGAGAGACUCCGACCAGGAAGCGCAGCCUGGCUCUGGACGAGGAGACGUCUCCCAAGAGGGUUUGUUGUCCCGACAACCAGUCGGCUCUGAUCCGCCGCCUGCAGGACGUAGCCAACGACCGCAGCUCCUCACACUGAGAACA